AUGACUGCAGUGCGCUCAGAGUCUUUGCACUGGAAACCCCAGCCGGACACAGACUCAUCGAACACUUCGACUCGUCAACAGCUGACGAUGACAAAGAAGCAGGCGAUAGACUUUGUCAAUCAAUGGUACGAAGCCGGCCGGCCAAUUUUCACCAAAAAGGCGCUCCAAGAUCUCGGGGAGCAGCUGAAGAGCCGACGUACCAUGGGAGACAAAGUCACCGUGAGGGGCCUCACCGGCGCUGUUUUCGAGGGCACAGUGAACUUGGGACAUCAUUUCUUCUCGACAACCUUCGCAAAUCCCGUUGAACGGGAAUAUAUCUACUUGGACCUUGCCAUCGACUACAAUCAUGCAGGAAGGCUCAUAGCGGACAUAAUGAGAUAUCCGGAUGGCAUUGACAUUCCAAUUUCGGAGCUCAUUCCCCUGCGACUGACGCAUGAGGUAUAUCCGUUCGGUACAAAGGAAGAAAUAUGGAGUAGCAAGCAUGCGGGUGUUACCUUCGAGAAGGAGAGACGGGCCUGGGAAACAAGUGAGGCCCACAGGACUCUCGAAGUGCUUUUGUCAACAACCAGAGCUGACAAAAUCAACAACAUCGUCGGGAUUGCUUGCGGUAGCCUGUCCCGGCUAGGCAGACCCAACUCUGCCUUCCAGCACGCGUUGCUGCUUACCGCAAAGGACUGGCUGAGAAAGAAGCGGCCGGGUGAGAAGGAGCUCUCUUGCUACGUGCAGGAUCCGGAGUACACACUUGUCGAUAGGGAAGUCCUCAACGGUGUCGGCAUCCAGGUGGUUGACGAUCCGGAUGGCUUUCUCAAGGUUGAUGACCGGUCGAUUGUGCUGUCCAUAGCACCCAACAUACCUGUCAAAAGUAUCAUCGUGGAUAUCGCUAGACCUGCCAUGGUGAUCUGGCUUCGCUUUGGACAAACGAAGGGCACUGUGAUUGACCCUGACUCGACCCCCCGCAUCACGAAAAUGAUGGAGGAGUACGAGGAUCAUAGACUCGAUCCGAAACUCGUGUCUGACGGAAAGUUCAGGGGUGCUAUGGUUUUUAUCCGGAAGGAUGUUGUCACAGCCAUGAGGUCGGGAUAG